CAUUUUUUUUUUACCAUGCUUUGAAGUCUUUAACAUUAAGUUACGCACACCAACUUGUAGUUUCUGUGUGCAUCACUCAGUCAUAUUAGAUCCACGUGGUGUGUGUUUUAUUAGUGUGUGUGGUGUGUGAUAACAUUACUUUGCAGCCUCGCGGACGGUCAGUCAGUCGCCAGGUUGAGAGCUGAGGCGUUUCAUCAAACUUCGGUCCUGAACUGGGCUCCGGCUAAUUCCUGCUUGUCGUUUAUACGCUAACUUGCACGGUGUCAUGGCAGAGCGAGUACUGGUGGUUGGCGGUGGUGGACGGGAGCACGCUUUGGCCUGGAAGUUGGCCCAGUCGCCACAGAUUCAGCAGGUCCUGGUGGCUCCGGGUAACGCAGGCACAGCCAGCUGUGGGAAGAUCAGCAACUCUGAGGUCUCUGUGAGCAACCACACCAUCUUGGCUCAGUUCUGUAAGGACCACCAUGUGGGACUGGUUGUGGUUGGACCUGAGGCCCCGCUGGCAGAAGGUAUUGUAGAUGACCUGACGGCUGCAGGAGUGCCCUGUUUUGGUCCCUCAGCCAAAGCGGCUCAGCUGGAGGCCAGUAAGAGUUUUUCCAAGGCCUUCAUGGAGCGUCACGGCAUCCCUACGGCUCGUUACGGCUCCUUCACCGACCCGGAAGAGGCCUGCAACUACAUCCGCACGGCUGACUUCCCUGCUCUGGUGGUGAAGGCCAGCGGUCUGGCAGCUGGGAAGGGUGUGAUCGUGGCAAAAGAUCAAGAUGAGGCCUGUCGAGCUGUAAUAGACAUUAUGAAGGACAGAGCUUUUGGAUCUGCCGGGGAGACGGUGGUGGUGGAGGAACUUCUAGAGGGAGAGGAAGUAUCUUGUUUGUGUUUCAGUGAUGGUGCCUCUGUAUCGCCGAUGCCUCCAGCCCAGGAUCACAAGCGGCUGCAGGACGGGGAUCUUGGGCCAAACACAGGCGGCAUGGGAGCCUACUGCCCCACGCCUCAGGUGAGCCAGGAGCUGCAGCAGCAGAUCAGAGAGACAAUCCUGCAGAGGACUGUGGACGGGAUGAGGGAGGAGGGAACCCCUUAUGUUGGCGUGUUGUACGCGGGGCUGAUGCUGACGAACCAGGGGCCGAAGGUUCUGGAGUUCAACUGUCGCUUCGGAGAUCCGGAGUGUCAGGUGCUACUUCCUCUUCUAAAAAGCGACCUGUAUGAUCUGAUCUUAAACACAAUGAAUGGCAAACUGGCCUCUAGUGCCCCCCAGUGGCACCAGGACAGCUCUGCAGUCACUGUGGUCAUGGCCAGCGCCGGCUACCCAGGCUCCUACAAGAAAGGAGUCGAGAUUACAGGCUUGUCACUGGUUGAGGACACGGGACUGCAGGUUUUCCAUGCUGGCACUGCGCUGAAAGAAGGGGGCGUGGUCUCCAGCGGUGGGCGAGUCCUGACAGUUACAGCGGUCAGGUCGUCCCUAGAAACGGCCCUGCAAGCAGCCAAUCAGGGCGUGGCAGCUGUUGGCUUCCCAGGGGCCGUGUACCGGCAUGACAUCGGUCAUCGUGCGAUUGCCCACCUGAACAGACACAGAGGUCUGACCUAUAAGGACAGCGGCGUGGACAUUGCUGCUGGUAACAAGCUGGUGGACCUGAUUAAACCUCUGGCCAAGGCUACAUCUCGCUCUGGGUGUAAUGCAGAGCUCGGAGGCUUUGCUGGGCUGUUUGAUUUGAAAGCUGCAGGAUUUAUAGACCCAAUCUUGGUGUCUGGGACAGAUGGAGUUGGGACCAAACUAAAGAUUGCCCAGGCAUGCGGGCAGCAUGGCAGUCUCGGUCAGGACCUGGUGGCCAUGUGUGUGAAUGAUGUGUUGGCUCAGGGUGCCGAGCCGCUGUUCUUUCUCGAUUACUUCUCCUGCGGCCGCCUGGACGUGGACGUGGCAGCCUCAGUAGUUGGUGGCAUCGCUAAGGCCUGCGAGAUGGCCGGCUGUGCUCUGCUGGGAGGCGAGACAGCGGAAAUGCCGGGCGUUUACGCUCCAGGCGAGUACGACCUGGCGGGGUUCUGCGUCGGUGCUGUGGAGCGAGGGGCUCUGCUGCCCCAGCUGGAGGACGUUGCAGAGGGGGACCUGCUGAUUGGAGUGGCUUCCUCUGGGGUUCACAGUAACGGCUUCAGUCUGGUCCGCAAAGUUUUGGAGAGUGCAGACAUCAGUUACAGCUCCCCAGCUCCCUUUGGCAGGCAGGGAGAGACAGUUGGUGAGGUGUUGCUUACUCCCACAAAGAUCUACAGUCGCCUGCUGCUGCCGAUCCUUCGCCACGGUGCUGUCAAAGCCUACGCUCACAUCACAGGCGGGGGGCUCCUGGAGAACAUCCCUCGGGUGCUGCCUCAGGACCUGGCUGCGGAUUUAGAUGCCUCCCGAUGGAGCAUCCCGCCAGUGUUUUCCUGGCUCCACAAGGAAGGGAGUCUGAGCGAAGAGGAGAUGGCCCGCACCUUCAACUGUGGUCUGGGGGCAGUGCUGGUAGUCGCCCCCCUGGAUGCUCAGAGUGUCCUACACCAGCUUCAAGCCCAUGAAGAUGCCUGGAUCGUGGGUUCACUGGUUCCUAAGCAGCCAGGAGGAGAACGGGUGGUGGUCCGCAAUCUAAAACAAAGCCUGCAGAAUGCAGGAGCAGCCUCCAGCGGAGAGUCUGGGCUUGAACAGAAUGGUAGUUGCCAUGGGAACACUGUCACACCACACAAGAGGACAAGAGUAGGGGUUCUCAUCUCUGGCACAGGUACAAAUCUGCAGGCCCUCAUAGAGCAGGCCAAGCGUCCAUCCAGCUCAGCAGAGAUUGUGGUGGUCAUCUCCAACAGACCCGGAGUUCAGGGCCUGAAGAGAGCAUCGCUGGCUGGCAUCCAGACAAGGGUGGUGGACCAUAAACUGUAUGGGAGCCGUGCAGAGUUUGAUGGCACCAUCGACCGUGUGCUGGAAGAAUUUGGAGUGGAGCUGGUUUGUCUGGCUGGAUUCAUGAGGAUCCUCACAGGAAACUUCGUCAGGAAAUGGAACGGGAAACUACUGAACAUCCACCCAUCACUGCUGCCCUCAUUCAAGGGUGUGAAUGCCCAGAAGCAGGCUCUGCAGGCUGGAGUCCGGGUCAGCGGCUGCACCGUCCACUUUGUGGCUGUAAGUCGGACUUUCAAGGUCAAAGCAGGAGGUUGCUUAGAGUUUAGUUCCAACUCUGUUUCUUCUGCAGGAAGAGGUGGAUGCAGGAGCCAUCAUUGUGCAGGAAGCAGUGCCUGUGCUGAGCGGGGACACAGAAGAGAGUCUGUCCGACCGGAUCAGAGGGGCAGAGCACCGAGCCUUCCCUGCUGCUCUGGAGCUGGUGGCCAGUGGUGCUGUGAGACUGGGAGAAGACGGACAGAUCACCUGGAAGUGAUGGGAGAUCAGGAUAUAAAGUAGCACUGUGACUGUACAAGACACUACAUGCAUUCCAGUUGUACGUGUUAGAUUUGCACUGGACCACUUUAGAUUAAGCCCGUGAAUGGAAAUAAGUCAUGACUUUUGUCUACAGUGUAAUUUAACUACAUUAAACGUUCAUUGUGCUCUA